AUGAAGGGAACACCGGAAGAAGCGAGAGUAACUGCCGAUAAAGCCCUUCAUGAUGAAAUGGUUUAUGUUGUGCGUGAGCUAACAGAAGAAUUUCAAGAUAAUCCUAAAAUUCAACCUCAUUUGAAAUCUUUUGCCAGAAUGUUAACAGAGCUUGAUGAUUCCUGCAAUAAAAACUCUCAACUUAUCACAAAAUGCGAAGAUUUUAGCCAGAAUCUCGUUGAAAAAGCCAAAACUGUUAAAGAUAUUUUGUAUCAAAUUCAUGAAGACAAAGAAAUCAUUGCAAAACUAAAUUCCGAGUUUGAUCGAGCAACAAAGCGAAUGGAAAGAUUUGAAGCGAAAGAUAAAUACAAUGCAUCGAUUGUUUCGGAUUUGAAAUCAGAUUUUGAUGUAACAUACAACAUUUCAAAUGAAAAACUACGACAAGAGCAAGAAACUGAAAGUCAGCGCAAGGAAAACAAAUUAAUACAAGAAGAAAUUCAAGAAAACAAAAAUAAAAUUCUUGAUAUUAAAAAUCAAAUCAAAAACGCAAAUACUUUAUUUGAAAACAUGAAACAAGAAGUUAAUAACGUUAAAGAGACUGUAGAAUCGUUAACAAAGCAAAUUGAUGAAUCUUCACUCUUACAACAAGAAAUGAAUCAAGAAAAUCGCGAAGCAUUCCCAAGGAUGAAGAGCUUAAGUGUUGAAAAUGAAGAAUCUGAGGCUAAACUGGCCGAAUUAGGUGAUUUAGUUUCGAAAUCUGUUGUUGAUCCUGAAUUAGGAAAGCAAAUAACAAUUUUAAACAUACAAAAGCAAUCAGCAGUUGCUGAAGGCCAAAACCAUCUAACAGCAAUUGCAAUUCGCAAAAAUAAACUUGAAAUAAUAAGAAAGAAAAAUGAAGAAACAGAAGCAUACAUAACAAGGAUCAAAAACAAAAUAGCUAAGAACGAAAAGAAUCUUGUUACUCUUAACGAGCAAUUGAAUGCUCAACUUGAAGUCAGAAAACAAAUUGAACCAAAAUUUAAAGAAGUUGAGGAUAGACACAACGAAUUGAAGAAAUUAAGGAAUGAAGCUAAAAAGGAGUCUAAAGAUCUUCUCGAAAAGGUCGUAGAUCUUGGAUUUAAAGGUGUGAAAUUAAAUAACGAGAAAAGUGUCGAAGAACGCAGAAUUCUUGCACAGCAAUUGAUUAUGCAGGCCCUUAAUAAAGAAUCUGUUAACGAAACGCAUAAACUUAAAGAGAUUAAUAAUCAAUCAAGUAUUUUACAGUCAGAAUCCAUUGGAUGUCGAUCGGAUGCCCAGAAAAUGAAAGAAAAUGCCUCAAAGAUACUCACCGAGAUCGAAAUGAUCCAAACUGAAGGUCAAAGAAUCAAAAUGCAGUUGCAUUCAGUAAAAGAAGAGAUAGAUUCCAUCAAUAACCAAAAUCAGGAAGCUUCUGAUAACCUCCAGGAAAUAAAGGAUAAGACAGUAAAGCAAUCCCAGAUGGUGGAAAGGCUAAAAACAGAAAAAAACAUGUACGAAAAGCUUGUUGAAGCAGCAAAUGCUGAAACCGACGUUUUACAGCGUAAUUUCAACGAGUUAAUUGUAAAUAUUAAAGCUAUGACCGAUAGAAUUGAUCAUUUAAUUGAUAUGACAAGAAAAUAUCACGAAGCGUCGAACGUAUUGAAGGAAGCAAACAUAGUUAUACAAGAUAUGAAUAAGCAAACUGAAGAAGGCUGCAGAAACAGUGAUAAAAUUAAUCAACAAUUAGUAAAUGACGCUGUCAAGCUCCAAGGGCUACUUGAAAAGUCUGCAUGGGACUACAGACAACAGAAGAAAGAGUUUGCAAUGCUAAAUAACUCUUACCAAAUUGUUGUUCAGCAAUGUCUUGAAAAAGGCAAGAAAAUUCAAGAAUUAAGAGACGAAAUCAAAGCCCAAAUGACUGUUUUAGCCAAAUCCAAGCAACAAUAUCUGUCGAAGAUCGAUCAAUUAAUGAAAUUAGAUGCUGAUUACAAUUAUUACAUGGAUAUCAAUGAUAAACUGACUGCUUUAGAUGCCCAUACUAAAGAGCUUAAACAAAAGGAUAAAGAACUUACGUUUGCUUUGACUGGGCAGCAACUUCGGAAGACAAAUAUAAUGGAAGAGCUAAAAAUCCCAAGAAAUGUUCAUAGAUACACUAUUAUGGCAUCCACAAACCCAGAACUCGCCAAGCAGUACAAGUAUCUUUGGUAUUUAAGGCAAAGAUACGCUGAAACAUUAGUUGUUUUAGAAAAAACAAAAGAAAAACGUGACAAAAUGAAAGAAAAUCUUUCACGCAUUGAAACAAUCACAGAUAACAAUCCUUUAGAGGUUGAUGAAGUUCAGAAGCGUAUCAAAGUAUACGAGGAAGCCGUUAAAGAGAAAGGCAGGCAACUAGAAGCCAUGAAUCGCGAGAUACAAGGUAACCAAGUUGAUAUCAAUGAAGAAAACAUUUCAUGUCAAUCUGCUAGAGAAGAAAUAACAAAGAGGAAGGAAUUGACUGCAUCUAUGCGAGGAAAAACACUUAAACCGCAAAGUUCGGUUGCUAAUGAAGAAGAUCUUUAUUUCAUUACUGAGCCAAGUUCUGCAUGUGUUACGACAUUUGGAGGUGGAUUCACUCCAAGGUUACCUGAAACUGCACGCGAUUCAAAGAGAUUCACUGCAAGAAAUUUCAAUCCGAAAGAGGUUGAAAAUGUCGAUUUCACAAAUCCGAUGUUGAGAAAUCAGAGAGCUUAUUUAUAUUUACCUAACAUGAGGAGAUCUGCAAGAACUACUAAUGCCGCAGGUAAUAGAACUAAGUCUCCUCCACAUUCUGCUAGAGUUGUUAGACAAUCAAUAAUUGUCUAA